CGAUAAGUUUUUACCAAAGCAACUAGCCGUCGAUCCGUCGGCCGCGUGUUUUCGAUCGGCAUAUCAAAAUCCUAUACAUUGAUAGCUGUAAAGGUGCGCGUUUUGAGUGAUUCGUGCGGUCUAUAUUGAUAACGUAUCAAUAUUGGCACGACAAAGAUGCAGCAAUGUACGCGUCUGUUAUGAAUUGCAUAAUGACGAGGCUCUGAAACAGCAGCGACGAUCGAUUUAUCUUCAGAGGCGCGAUUGGAUGAUUUGAACCACGUGGAGUGCAUCCGCUACAUAAUGAAAUUAUCACGGACGUUUUUGCUCUUCGGCUGUUAUUUUCUGGUAUUUGCACUUAUGACGGCGGCCGAAGAAAACGAGCCGAUUUUUGAUCUUCCGGUACACUUGGUUGGCUUUCCGAUAAUUAUAGCAACCGUAAGAAUCACCAAUUUUCUCAAGAAGCUCGUUUAUGCUUUGAAUCCAGAUACUUAUGUCAGUCGGGUGAAACGAGCACAUCCUUUGAUACACGAUGAAGAAAUCUUAGAUGUUGGCCAAAUCGAAAAGAAGCUAGUAGCUGAGCUCGGAAAUAACGUUUGCAUCUACGAGAGGAUUUGUGUCAAAUACGCAGCACGAACGUUUCAAAGAAGAAGUUGGGAACACGUUCUUAAUUGGAGUGAAAUAUUCAGGGAAUACAAGUCAUCAUCCAACCCGAUGAAGGAGAAUUACUUGUUGAGCGUCUUUAUGGGCGACAUUAUUGGCAGUCCGAAGCUAUGUCACUUGUUGGCGAAGAGAGGAAGAGCCUGCGAUAAUGACAUCUUGUCGGAUUAGUUAAAAGCAUGAGGCGUAUUUGAAUCUUUUUGUUGUAGUGGUAGUAAACAUUUCUCGAUGCCAUAGACCUUAGAUAUCCGUGAUUGCAAAAUAAAUUAUAAUAUAUUAUAAUUAUAAAUUAUAAUAUAUUACUAUAAAUUAUAAUAUAUUUAUAAUUAUAAUAUAUUACUUUGUAUAAUAUGUCGAUGCAUGUGUUUGUAUAGCCAUAAUCAUUUACUGUUCAUUGUAUUCAUAUUCAGAUUUGUACAUUAAAGAUUUAAA